UUUCGGUCCCCCACCACCCCCGGCUUCUCAGCUUCUUCUCACAAGUUGGCGACUGCCGAAGCUUUAGCCUUCUCUCUAACCUCCCUUUGCUAACACCUGCACCCCUCCCCCCACCUGCUGCCCGAGGUGACUGGUGGCCCCUUCUUCCCCUGCACCUGCCCAAGUACCACAGGACAGGUAAGAGGCUGAAAACUCCAAGAGAAGAGAUCUACAACUCUAGCUGGAUCUUCAGCCCUACUGCUGCUGCCAGGGGCUGCUAUAUCCAGGACAAAAGUAGGGAGAUGCUAGGGAGCUGUUGAAGACUUUCUUUCCUACAAUGGUUGACAGCACCAAGUAUGAAGUGGCAGCCCAGCACGAUGAAGAUGUGCCCUCCUUGUCCAAGGAGUCCAAGUCAGGACCCGAACAGAUAAAAUUGAAGAAGGAGAUCUCCCUGCUCAAUGGCGUGUGCCUGAUUGUGGGGAACAUGAUUGGCUCUGGUAUCUUUGUUUCACCCAAAGGUGUACUCAUGUAUAGCUCUUCCUUUGGUCUCUCUCUCGUUAUCUGGGCUGUUGGGGGCCUCUUCUCUGUUUUUGGAGCCCUUUGCUAUGCUGAGCUGGGGACUACCAUCAAGAAGUCUGGGGCUAGCUAUGCCUAUAUCCUCGAGGCCUUCGGGAGCUUGUUGGCCUUCAUCCGACUCUGGACUUCCCUCUUUAUCAUUGAGCCCACCAGCCAGGCCAUCAUUGCUAUCACCUUUGCCAACUAUUUGGUACAACCGAUCUUCCCCAGCUGUUUUGCUCCGUAUGUUGCUGGACGUCUGAUUGCAGCUGCCUGUAUCUGUCUCUUAACCUUCAUUAACUGUGCUUAUGUCAAGUGGGGAACAAUGGUACAGGACAUUUUCACCUAUGCUAAAGUACUGGCUCUGAUUGCAGUCAUCAUUGCUGGCAUUGUCAAAAUAGGCCAGGGACAUGCAACUAACCUUGAGAAUUCAUUUGAGGGGUCUUCGUUUUCGAUGGGAAAUAUUGCUUUGGCACUGUAUUCUGCUCUUUUUUCCUACUCGGGCUGGGACACUCUCAACUAUGUCACUGAGGAGAUCAAGAAUCCUGAAAGGAACUUGCCCCUCUCCAUUGGCAUUUCUAUGCCCAUCGUCACCAUUAUCUACAUUUUGACCAAUGUGGCCUAUUACACUGUGCUGAGCAUGAAGGACAUCAUGGACAGUGAUGCUGUUGCUGUGACUUUUGCUGACAGAAUUUUUGGAGUGUUCAACUGGACAAUUCCCUUGGCUGUUGCCUUAUCCUGUUUUGGGGGUCUCAAUGCUUCCAUCGUGGCUGCUUCCCGGCUCUUUUUUGUGGGCUCACGAGAAGGCCACCUCCCUGAUGCUAUCUGCAUGAUUCAUGUUGAAAGGUUUACUCCAGUGCCAUCUCUGCUGUUCAAUGGAGCCAUGGCACUCGUCUACUUGUGUGUGGAGGACAUCUUCCAGCUCAUCAACUACUACAGCUUCAGCUACUGGUUCUUUGUGGGUCUCUCCAUCGUGGGGCAGCUUUACUUACGCUGGAAGGAACCUGACCGAUACCGACCCCUCAAGCUCAGUUUGGUCUUCCCCAUCAUCUUCUGCCUUUGUACCAUCUUCCUGGUGGCUGUCCCUCUUUACAGUGAUACUAUCAACUCCCUUAUUGGCAUUGGCAUUGCCCUCUCAGGCCUGCCCUUUUACUUCUUCUUCGUCAGAAUGCCGGAACACAAACGGCCAUACUGCCUCCGAAGGACUGUGGCACUGGCCACAAAAUACAUCCAAGUCCUGUGCAUGUCAGUUGCCACAGAGAUGGAUUUGGAAGAUAUGGGAGAGACACCUAAGCAACAGGACCCCAAGUCCAACUAAUCAACAACCUGACUUCUCCCCAAUGAGACAUUAAGGGCAGGGAAUUUCCUUUUCCUACCUUCCAGGGCCAGAGGGAUAGGAUCCUUUCUUGAAGACAACCUACCAAGUCCAGACCUGGCUUUGGGACAGCUUAGGAAACUUGAACUUAUUCUUUAAGAGAAGUUGAAUUCUUUAAGAGAAGUUGAGAAUAAUUUAUUUUUUUUGUUACUUCUAGUUCCAGGUUUUUAAAUGGAAGGUUGGGGGUGGGAAGAAGCAUGCCUUGGGCUUGGUUUCUCUAUUAGCAGGUCCUCAGGAGGAUGAGGAGGAGGAGCAGGGACAGGUGCCCAGAAUACUAACUAGCUGAAUUCUGCACCACCUUCCCAUCCCUCUUUCCCAUCGGAGGCUUAGCAAUGCUCCUGGCCUCCUAUCUGCAUCAGGGAGGAACCUACUAAAGGGGCAAAGGGCACUUGUAGGAUCUUCUUGGAUAACAAUAAAAGAGAUGACAGUGGCCUCUUUAUUUGCACUGUCAGGUUUUC